CGUCGUUUGGUGACGCAUCAACGUAUGGUUGAGCAGACAGGAGAAUUUUACUGGCAAGAUGGCGACUUCGGAGCCGCGAGGAAACGAAACUGAAGAUGGUCCCAACGAGACACCCGCACCGGCACCGGCACCGGCACCGGCACCAGCACCCGCACCCGCACCCGCCGUUGCAGGUUCUGAGCAGUACAUCAAACAUCCAUUGCAGAACAGAUGGGCCUUAUGGUAUUUCAAAAAUGACAAGAGCAAAAGCUGGACAGAAAAUCUGCGUCUGAUUGCCAAGUUUGACACAGUAGAGGACUUUUGGGCAUUAUACAACCACAUACAGCAACCAAGCAAACUCGGCUUUGGCUGUGACUAUUGCUUAUUUAAGGAUGGCAUCAAGCCCAUGUGGGAGGAUGACCGAAAUAAACUUGGGGGCAGAUGGCUGAUGACCCUAAGCAAACAGCAGAGACAUAACGACCUUGACCGCUACUGGAUGGAGACGGUAAGCUGCCUGACUGUCCUGUUCCUACGUGUCUUGGGAGAAGCAUUCAAAUGUUCGCUGCACUGGUGCAGCCACCAGACUCCUAACCUGCCUGUCCUUUUACUUUUGAUUGGCUUUCAGCUUUUGUGUUUAAUUGGCGAGUCUUUUGAUGAGGCCAGUGAAGACGUGUGUGGAGCUGUGGUCAAUGUCAGGCCGAAAGGAGAUAAAAUAGCCAUCUGGACUGGCAACUGCCAAAACAGGGAAGCCAUUAUGACGAUAGGGCAACAAUACAAAGAGCGAUUGAAUAUUCCCGGCAAACUUCUCAUCGGCUACCAGUCACACGAUGACACCUCUAGCAAAAGUGGAUCCACAACGAAGAACAUGUAUUCAGUUUGAAGAAGAUUAAUUACAAUUGUUGUAGGUUUAUGAAAUUAUCAGAUUGCAUCACACAUGAAUAAUUUUGAGUUGUCAACUACUGUAGUGUCCUUCCUUUUAAACAGAAAGAGUGAGGGAAAAAAACAAUAUUCAGCACGUAAAUGUGAAACUCAAACUUGCUGUUGAACACCUUCAGUAGCUGGGCUCAUCAAAGGGUGCUAAAUGACCUAGAAGUUUGAGGGACUGCACCAGUUAAAAAUAUUGAAAAUGGGCGAUAUGUUACUGAUUUCUUUUCAGUUUAGAAUUAAAAAAAAAAUAGAUGAGACUAAUACCACACAUCCCUGGCAAAAGAGGUUGUAAGGUUCAUUGUUAAAAAGGAAACCAACUUUCUUGGCUUUAACCUGUUAUCUCUUGUGUGUCAUGUUACAAAGUGUUACAAAUGUUUUGUCACUACUGGGGUUUACAAACGGAAGGAGUAAUGGCAACUUUCAUCCACCCAGCAAUUUUAAGGGCCACAGUAGUUUUAACAUGUAUCAUUUUUGGAGGUGUUUGGCAUGAGAGGCAGAAGCGCCUGCAGACUGACUAUCUUAAAAGGUUUGUAAAAGUUGGCCUGAGUUUCUCUCUAUGUUUGGUAUUUGCCAGGAGAGACCACUUAUUGUUUCAGCCAUGCUGAAAUUGUGAAAAGACUUGCUUGUAGAACUGUUUUGAAAUCUUGUGUGUGCCCCCUUCCCCCUCCCCCCUCCCCCUACAUCUAUUUAUGGUAUAUGCAUUGCAGUUGAGCUAUUCAGUGGGAGGAAGACCAUGAAAGGAAAAAAAAAACUUUUUUUGUUAACUUUUCUUUUUCCCAUUUUUGAAGAGGUUAGGAAUGUGGACUACUGCUUAAUGUAGAAACAUUUUUUUACAGUAUAUUUUACAGUAACCUGCCUGGUCACCCUUGCUUUUUAGGUGUGCUUUUCACUGUUUUCUUUUCCUAAAACUAGACUUUUUUUCACGUUCGCAAUACUUUCAGGAUCAGUGCGAAUGAAGAGAGGCUACUCAUUGUGAAAUGAUUUUGCUCAUAUUGUAUCUUUAUUAUCUGUAAUUCCAGGAUGUAUAUUACCUUCUUUCAAGUAAAGAUUAAGUGCUUUGCAUUAA